AUGUAUAAAAAAAAGGGACUAUCUCACGGGAAAGUGGGACUUCCAAUUGGUAGGUCUAAGGAUGACAGCAAUAUGUUGGAAGCACUGCAACUAUAUGAAGGUAAAAAUUACAAGAAGUCGUUGAAGAUCUUGGACACAAUCUUGAAGAAGAACAGCAGUCAUGUGGACUCUAUAAUUUUGAAGGGAUUGAACUUGCAAUUCUGUAGUACACCUGAAGAAGCUGCUAGUUACAUUGAUAAAGCGUUAUCCAAAAUUAAAGGCACUCUUGUAAGUCCAAUUGGUGGACACUUAUUAGGAAUUUAUUACAGACAGGUGAAAAAUUACUCAGACGCUGUAAAGUGGUUCAAGGCCGCAUUAGAAAAUGGUUCUACAAACACUCAAAUCUAUAGAGAUUUGGCGACAUUGCAAUCUCAAAUUCAUGAUUUCAAAGGCGCGCUGGAAUCGAGAAAAAAGUACUGGGAAAACUACAGAGGAUAUCGUGCCAAUUGGACCUCAUUGGCCAUAGCACAAGAUUUGAAUGGGCGUACGCAAGACGCAAUCAAUACUCUUUCGACAUUUGAAGAGCUUGCUGAAGGCAAGUUGGGUGAACCAGAAAUGUAUGAGAACAACGAAUGUAUCAUGUACAAGAAUGAUCUUUUGUACAAGAAGGCAGGCAACGAUAAAGAAUCCUUGGAAAGAGUUUUAGAGCAUUUGGAAAAGAUUUCCGACGAUGUUUAUGAUAGAUAUGGCUGGUUAGAGAGGAAAGCUUCUAUUUUAAUGAAACUUGGUCGGUCUAAGGAAGCCUCUAUUGUGUACAGAACUUUGAUUAAGAGAAGUCCAGACAAUUUCAGAUAUUACAGGCUAUUGGAAGUUUCACUUGGAAUUCAAGGAAAUGAGAAGUUGAGGAAAGCUUUAUAUGAAAAGUUGGCUAUAUUUUACCCUAAAUCGGAGCCUCCUAAAUUCAUUCCGCUCACAUUCCUCAAAGAUAAGGUAGAAUUAACCGCGAAACUCAAUGAUUAUAUCAUAACGCAGUUAAAUCGCGGUGUUCCAGCCACAUUCAAUAACAUCAAACCUCUUUACAAGAAGGAAGGUAUUCCGGAUAUUGUUGAAAGUAUUGUAUUACCUUAUUAUGCUGAGCUAUCAUCGACUGAUCAACCAAUCCAAUUUGUUUGGACAACUUACUUUUUGGCUCUACAUUAUUUGCAUAGAAAGCAGUUCGAGCAGGCUAAUGCAUAUGCUGACAAAGCAAUGAACCACACUCCAACUCUUGUUGAGGUAUAUAUUCUCAAGUCCAGAGUCCUGAAGCAUUUGGGGCUAUUGGAAGAAGCUUCAGAAGUUAUUGAUAAAGGUCGCGAACUUGACCUGCAAGAUAGAUUUAUUAAUGCAAAGACUGUAAAAUACAUGUUAAGAGCUGAUAAAAUUGAUGAGGCUACUAAGAUCGUGUCAUUGUUUACCAAAAACGACCAAUCUCCAAAUGGUGUACCAGAUUUACACCUCCUAGAAGCCUCUUGGUUCAUUAUCGAACAAGCUGAGAGCUUCUUCAGAUUGUAUAAAAAAUCUUGCAAGGAAUUAAUCGGCUUGAAGAAUAAAGAUAUAACUGCACUUACCGUUGAUGAGAUAGAAUCUCAUGGAAAACUUCUAAAAGAAUUGGAAUUCAAUGUUAAUAAGUUUGAGGGCCUUUCUUUAAAACGUUAUAUGGCAAUUCCUAAGAUUUACAAGCAAUUUGAGGAUGAUCAAUUAGAUUUCCACUCCUAUUGUAUGAGAAAAGGGACACCAAGAGCCUACGUGAAUAUGCUUGAAUGGGGAAACCACCUCUAUACUUUGCCUAUGUUUAUUAGGGCUAUGGAAGGUGCUUCAAGGAUAAUUUUCGGAAGAUUUGAUUCUUUGCAACUAACUGCAUCAGUUGAACAAGAGCAUGAUGACAGUUCUAUCAAGAAGAAGACCAACAAAAAGGCCAAAAAAGAAGCUGCUGCUUUGAAUAAAAAGAAGGAAGAAGAAAAGGCCAAGUAUCUUGCCUACCUUGAUGACAAGGAUCCAUUUGGUGAAACUUUACUCAAUGAUCCAAAUCCUUUGGAAUUAUUCGAGAAUCAAUUUUUGAAACUAUAUUUAUCCCAAACCACUGAUGAUACGAGAAGACAUUUGCUGGAAUUUGAAUUCCAUUUGAGAACUGGUAAGCUAGCUUUGGCUCUGGGCGCACUCACAAAAUAUGUUAAGUUAAAUGGUAAAGAUUCUGUUGCAGCAAGUAUGGCAUUGGUGCUUUUAGAGAACACAAAAGACUCUUAUCCACAUGAUGUCAUAGCCAAGAAAGUCGCCAUUAAGGGUAUAGAAAAGGAAUUCCCUGAUCUGUUGUCAGAAUCUGGCGAUAAGGUACAAUUUGUAACAUGCACAUAUGGCAAAACCUUGCCAUCAUUGUUGAUACUUUAUCAUCAUUCGAGUGAGUCCAUUCCAGAACCAGAAAUUAAAGAAGACAUCAUUUCUGUUCUAGACAACGAAGAUCCUGUCGUUCAGCAUUCAAUAUUAGAAUAUGAAUUUUAA